UCGUCAAGUAUUUCCUAACUGGUAGCUGAAUGACGUAGAUUGCUCAGGGUGGCUGAUAAAACAAGAUACGUUGACUUUACUGUGGAUAUUUCUUGCUGUUCCAGACGACGUCACUAAUCAUUUUGGGUUCCCACUCGUUCUAUCGCUCGUUUGAACUCCUGGUGGCGAAGAACCGGUUCUCAAAACCCAAAACACAGACCGCUUUUUCUCAAGACUAAAACCAUGGCAAACGUACAGUGUAUUUCGUGUAAUUCGCCGAUUUCUGACGCCUCCAAGUCAUGUAAAUGCGGUCACGUCAAUGAAGCCAUGCGCACUAUCGCUGGUAAAAGAUUCUCUGGUUACCGAGAAGAGCUUUACACACGAAGGGUUAUCAAGGAAAGUAGAGAUGAAUACCGCAGAAUGAAGCGGGAAUCCCUCGGGACCAGGAAAAGAAAAAGGAAAUCUUCAACACCUGAAAAACUCCGUUUGAGAAGACAAAGAAAAAAACAAGACGACAUGUGUACGAUCACGUCUGACAGUCACGAUCAGCUGAAUGAUGGAUUAGAUUGUGAUAAUCUAACACAUAUGACGUCAUAUACUAAUGGUAACCAUGACAACCAUACCCAAAUACACCUGCAAGAUAUUACAGCUGAUGAAAGUAACAAGACACACGACUUGUUGGAAAUACGAGAUGACCUCGAAAAUGACGUUCAUAUUGAUUCAAGCAUUGGACAUGUGAAUGAAUGUCCCUCCUACAAACAAUACCUCCCUACUACAAAAACAAUCUCACACAAACGCGGUCCAAAGAAGACAACUUUCAACCAAUUCAACAGAAAAACAAGAGAUGGUUGUCGAGAAAAUAAGACAAGAAUAAUAAGACCGAUGAAGCAGUUCGCUAUUGCUGGACCGUUAGCAGAAAUCAACAAGAGACUCAUGAAUCAGAGUGGAUUCUGGAUGUGUUUGGGUGAUGGUCUUGGGUUAAGUAAACCCGCUGCUGCAGAUGUCGUUCUUAAAGAAAUCUUAUAGUUCACAUCAGAAUAUAAGCGGAGUACUUGUUUCUAUCACUUGAAAAGAGUAACCCAGUACCGCUCGAAAAUUGAAUUUUCAUUGCUCCCUAAGUAUAGUACCGCUUUUGUAAGGUUAGGCUUAGUGCUAUUGUUUGGAUGACCAAUCUAUUGUUUUUUAAUCCAAUCAUGUAACUCGUUCCGAGCGGUACGGGCAGGCUCCUUGAAAAUUGCUUGUAGAUGAUCAACAUUUAGUGAUAAACCAUUGGUUCGAAUAAUAUACUCGUUCCGUAUGUCGUAUCAAGUUAGCUCACAACCUACGCGCAUAAUAAUAUAUGCUUAUAACGCUUCUGACCUUUGGGCUCGCCAUUAUCGCUGCUGUGCAGCCUGUUAUCCUCUUGGUCAGCAUAUUAGCACAUGCGGAGUCGCACUCUCGACGAUGUAGGCUUUGCAUUGGUGGAUGUCAAUUAAGGUGUUUCCAUGACAUAUAAUAGGCACGUAACGCGGUAACUGUGUGUCUUCGGACAAUGCUAUGGAAACAUUAAUUGAUGACCACCAAAACCAAUUACAAGGAGCAAUUUCCUCUGCAACUUGUCGUGCGACAGCGCUGCGACACAAGCUGCAAAAAUGUUUACACGGUGCAACGGAGACGCAAUCGUUGCCAAAAGUAGAAACGAAUUCUACUUUUGAAUUGCGCUAAGGUUACACGCUGUAAUGCUCCAUGCAAUUUGUGUCGCAACGCCGUUGCGAGACAAGUUACAGAGAAAAUUGUUCCGUGUUCCGUGUAAUUCCGACUUUACUUUACGAGAUGGCAAACUCUACGAUCGAUCCCUAAAUCGCUGUUUUCAGUCAGAUUAGCUUAGCUUCACGACUUUACCUCAGGUGCUGACCAGGAAGAAUGACGGCUCAAGAUCAGUUUUUUUCAUUUUAAUUAAGAACAAAGAGAAACCUUGAUUCAUUUUGUCAAUAUGUAAAUGUAUUGAGCAACUUGGUAAGUUCAAUGUUAAGUAUUUAAGAUAAAAUCUGUGCUAGAAAGCGAUUUCAAAAUCCCUUCAAUUGGCAUUGUUUCUAUACUAUGUAAAUAGACUGUAAUGAUACGGUCAGUUGGUAUCAAUCUCAGUCCCAGUCCCACCAACGGUUCGUGUGGAGAUUUCUAUUUAUAAAUGUAAUUGUAUCUUCCCAUCAAUGUAAUAUUUGAACAAAAAUAUUAAAGAUUCUAAUUACUUGUU